CUUCCCAUCACAUAUUUUUUUCCUUCAUUGUUUGUUACAGUAUUUUUCUUCCUCUUACUCUCUGUCUUUCAGUUUCUAUCUUAAUUAUUCCUUAUUUACUGUUCCUUUUUGUUCUUUCUUUUCUAUUCUUCUUCUCUAUCUUUCUCUAUUUUAUUUGAGGAAAAAAAAAAAAAAGAAGGUUCUCAAUUUCUAAAUUUACUCUUAGAUCUAUUUCAGUAAUGCAGUAACGUAACUAAUUGACGCCCUCAUACAACUAUUCUAUUGAGUCUCACAUCUAAUAAAAUUUCUCUAUUUACUUGCUAACAUGAUGAUUGAACUUGGGGAAGCAACCAUUUUUUUCACCUUAUUCCUGAUCUUCGCCAAUGAGCAAGAUCCAAAGCUGCUGUCCUCUUCUCUUUUAACCUUAUCCUUCCCAUUUUUUUUUGUUUUUAAUUACAAAAACAGAUGAGAUAUAAGUUUAGCCCAUCUCUCAAAUUGUUUGCCAUGUGAAAUACAUAUUUCUUUCUUUUUUUCCCCCUCAUUGCAAUAAUCUGGGUUUUCACAAAUUUACUUAAGAAAUUUUGAUUCCAUGAAUUUUUGGACUUCGAUUAGCUCUAUUUUUGUUUAAUGUGUUAGGUGCUGAGUUUGUUGUUAUUGUUGUUGUAGGUGUAGCUUCUUCUAAUCCUCCUUGUACUAAAGCUCUCAAAGAUAGUGUUACUACUUUGGUUGCUCUUGAAAAAGAGCGGAGCAAUCUACAUUUUGCUAUAAUGGAGUUGCUGAAGCUCACUGAUGAAGAAUUUGGCUUAUUUAGAGACCGUGUUGCCUUUGCAUUCAUGAUUUGUGGAGGAGGGAUGCAUUUUGAUAUCCCAAUUAUGCCUUGUCAUGCUGUUCCUUUAUUUGUUUGGUUGACAAUGAUUAUGUUUGUUAUUGCUCUCUUUGCUAUCGGUUAUGUAUUGUACGCGAAUAUAGUUACAAUGCAGCCUAGAAUCAUUUAUUUGGACCACAGGAAAAGAGCAAUAGCAAAGGAGGUGAUGCUUAUAAUGCAACGGGAGUUCGCAUCAAUCAACAAUGAAGAAUUGGACCUCGAAGUGUCUUCCGUUUCUGUGAUGGAGAGAUAUGAGGCACUUGUGAAAUUUGGAGAAAAAAUCAACUUGAAGAGAAAUUACAGGUUUUGGGUGGGGUCUAGCUUUGGAUGUCUGUUGGCUUAUGGAGUGAUGUUAUGCUUCAUUGCCUACUACAAACAUACUUCUAGUAGUGGGUGUCAAUGAGCUUGGAUCCGCCGGUCUAUCUUCCAUUUUGUUGGAGUAGGAGGACAUGGAAUUAGAGCUGUGAGCCGUGGGUGGAAGAUUGAGGAUUUCGACAACUUUAUCUCUUUUCCUUCUUUUGUUUCUGGUUUAAUUCUGUAUCUUAAACUAUUUGGUUUCCUAUGUCUCCAUGUAAGUUUGAUCAGUCUCUCUCUUCAUGAGAGAGAAAAAGACAUAUGACUUUAUGGCACAUUAACUCUUAGUUUCUAUUAAGAAGUCUAACAGUGAUCCUUCUACUUUAUCUCA